AUGGCAUCUUUCUAUCUCCACUCAAUCCAUUUCCAAUCUAUCCAAAUUUCCAAGCGAUCAUCAUGUGUGCCUCCACACUCCAAUACUCAGAUCAUAUCAAUUUCAUUUCCUACUCAAUAUCUUUACAACCACUGCCACAACUCCUGCAUCAACCCACGUUCCAUUGUUCCCCUCAAAGCUACAUCCACUUCCAUCCAUUCCUCCCUGUCUUCCCCUAAACCACCUAUCUCAAAGGAGGAGGCCAUACUUCAGGCCAAAACAUCCCUUUCAACAACCUUAGAGAAACCCCUCAACAAUCCCAAACUGAUAGGCAAAUUUAAGAAACUAAGGCAACCCAAAUUCCGGGUUGAAAUUCCAGUCAUUGAUGACUCACCGGAUUCACUGUCCCAACUUGCCCUCGAUUUUUUUGGGGACUUACCCAUCAAAAGAAAAGGUUCUUCCACUAAGAUCUUAAUCCUGUGGCCUGAUGCUAGCUUGAAAGAAUCUGCCACUGUUGCCUUUCAGUCUCAUUCAACUAUUGAACACAUUGACAUUCCUUCAGUGGCCCAAACAGACCCCAGAGUCAUGAAUUCGGCAGAUGUGGCAAUAUUUUUGGCGCCUGAGAGCUCCCAAUUGGCAUUGGUAAAAAGAGUGAGUGAUGCCUUUUAUACAAAACCAGUGGUUUUGUUUAACCCAAAAUGGUCAUUUGAGGAAGAGAGCAACUUUGGUGAUCUGAGUGGCUUUGUUGGUUCUUUUGAAGUGGUUUACUCUUUUAUGGGGUUGGAAGUGAGAGGGAUCUUGAGCAAAAGAAAAGGGGUGGUUUUUAAGUGUGCCAGAGAUGGGGUUGUGAGUGGAGAGAGAUGGAAUGUUUAUGUUGAAGAAGGAGAAGAAUUGAAAGCGGUUUCCUCGUUCAAGGCCAGACCAAAUAUUGGUGAAGUUGAAAAUGUAUUGUACAAUCUGAUGGCUAUCAAUUCGCCCAUAACCAAGUCUGCAAAGUUCAUCAAGGGAUUGGUGUCCAAUGUGACAGGGAGAAAGUAA